CGGUCGCCAUGGAGACGCGUCUCAGGCUUCACCCACCCCCCCACGUUGAGGCCUCGCGCCACGGGCACCGGGUCCGUUUAUUGAAAACAAACAAAACAACAACAACAACGGCGUCGACAACACAUCUAAAAUUAACAACGGCGUCAGCGACAAACGACGUUAAUAGGGACGCAAGCGACGUCGCGAGAGAGCCGUCGUGAACGUUGCGGUGCGGGAGAUGACGGAGCUGCUGUGCAGGUGGCUCAACGAGGAGCUGCAGCUGUCACGACGCCUGGAGCCCCAGACAUUGUCACAGGAGCUGGCAAGUGGGUUUAUAAUCGGGGAGAUUCUCCACCGUUACAAACUGCAGGAUGACUUCUCAGCCUUCUCGAAAGCAAGCACGGCCGAGGCGAAGCUCAACAACUUCACCCGCGUGGAGGCUCCGCUGCGGCUGCUCGGAGUGGCGUUCGACACGAAGGUGGCGCGUGGCCUGAUGCGCGCCGAGCCCGGCGUGGCCACGCGCCUCCUUUACCAGCUCCACGUGGCCCUGCAGCGCAUGCGGCGCGCUGGCCUUACGGGGGCCGCCCUGCAGGCCAUGCAGCCGCCCGCGCCUGCGCGCCUUCACGCGCUGGGCACCGAGAUGUACCAGCAGCAGCUGAAGGGUAAAGUGGCACGCCAGGUGGAGGUGAACCUGCAGCAGCUGACCAGCACGUUUGAACAGCGAGCCCGAGAGCGGGAGGCUGGGCGCGUCAUGCAGGAACUCAAGCAGCGCGAGGCUCGCGAGCAGACCCUCAUGGAGCAGCGCAAGCGAGAGCAGGCAAAGCUUCACCAGAAAAGGAGACGACAGGACGAGCUGAUGGCGCAGCUGCAGGCUGCUACGGUGCGCCUUCCCGCGCCACCACUCAACCGCACGCUCCAGGCGAUCACUGCCAGGAGGCACCAGCAACAGCAGCGCAUCGCACAGAAUACAUUGAUGGAAAUACAUCUCUUUGAGAAAACCUUGAAGAUGAGGGUCAGUACCGGAUAUGACAAUCCAGACAAGGUGGAGUACGUGGGGGAGAUUCGGCGCAGGCUGCAGGAGGAUGGACAAGCGCGGAACCAGCGAGAGAAGCGUCGCAGGGCGGUUUUGGUGCAGCAACUUCAGGCCCAGCGGGAUAUGGAGGAGCUGGAUCGGGUGGAGGAGCUGGUGGGACGGCUGAUGAGACAGAGCCAGCAGGAGCAGCGUGUUGCCGUGCAGCUGCUGCUAACGCGGCAGCACAAGGAGACGGUGCGGCAAAACCGUCUGGAGCGCCACUACCAGCUCGCUGAACGUCGCCAUCGCGAGUUCUUGGAGGCUCUGGACGCUGACGCUGCACGUUCGCGCUGGGAAAGCGAGGAGAAGCGAGAGCAGGCAGAGCGCGAGCGGGAGCUGCACGCUCACCUGCUGGCGGAACGCAUGGCUGCUCGGCAUGCCUGGCACAAGCAAAUGUGCAUGGGCAUCGUGCUGCAUGUGGUGGACUUGGCGACCCGGCAGGCCGAGUAUAGGGAACUCACCGGCAGGAAUAUCCCGAAACAGCUGCUGCGCGAGUGGAGGGAGCUGUUUGUGCUGGAGCUGCCUGUUUACGACCCACCUGACCCAAAGGACACUUCCGAGUCCACUGUCUCAAUGGCCCACAAGGAAGCACAGGCAGCGCUUGAUGAGCAAGACUUCUUAGAUUACCUGGGCAUGAAAGGAGAGUGGCAAGCUGUGGAUGGCAGUUCAGCCAUGGAGCCGCCCCCCAACAAUGCCGUCUUGGGUCAUGUGGUACGGCAUAUUUGCACAUUAGUGCGUCCUCCACGGUCACUCGCACCACCCGUCGCCUUGCCUCCAUCCUCCAUCCGUGCCUGCGUUCUGGGAAAGCCCUUCUCGGGGAAAACCAGCUGUCUGCAACGCCUGUCACAAGAGUGUGGGCUGGUGACGUUGAACGUGUCUGCUCUAUUGCUCGAGUCUAUGGAGACCUACAAUGCAAGCCUCUACUCCACUGAGCACGAGGAGGACGAUGAGAGGAUCGUGGCAGAAGGGGAUGACAAUCAUGAGGAGGCCGACCCUGUGACCCAUGCUGAGCUGCCGUGCAGCGUGGAGCUGGGAAGACAAGCUUCUGAAGUUCUGGCGCAGGGAGGCGUGGUCCCUGACCAGCUUCUCGUAUUUCUUGUGCUUCAGGCGUUGAGGGAAUUGCCGGAGCAGACGGGCUGGAUACUAGACGGCUUUCCUGCGACAGUGCAACAGGCUAAGCUGUUGGAGAAGGCCCUCACUGGAUGGAAUGAAGACCUCGAGGAAGGAAACUCGAAGGAAAUGGGGCAGCAGGGUAGCGGCACCGCUAGCGGAAAGGUGUCACUGCUGGUGCAGGACCCCUUUGCCCCACCCAAAGCGCCACCUCCUCCACCCGCUCUGGACCUGGCUCUGGUCCUCACGCUGUCCGACAGCGCUGCGUUCGAGAGAGCUGAGAGUGCCGAGGCUGUUGAUAACGGAGCGGAGGUGGACCUGCAUCAACUUCCCAACAAGCUGGUAGGAUUUGAAAAACACUGGCCUGACCUGGAGCAGUGGUUUGGGCCUAGGCACGGAGUCCUGCAAAGCGUGUGUGCCCAGACAGAUCCGGACUUGUUGUACCAGGGAAUGAAGCGGAUCUUUGAACAAACCCUUCUGCACAAGCAGCAAAUCAGUAAGCCCAAAGAGGAGCCUUUGUUGGAGGAUAACACAGCAGCCAUUAUCCAACAGCCUCCUAUGGUCGACAUGGACCAACCACAAGACGAAGAGAUUCCUACCAUGCUUGGGGAAGUACCAAGCACACCAACCAUCGGCUCCCAGCAGAAGGGCGCCUCUCCAGGCCGAUCUCCUAAAGGCUCACGAAGAAGAACAUCAAAGUCCCCGGCAUCAGAGGACAAGAAGGAACGGGCGAAGAGCAAGGAGAAGAAAGGGAAAUCUCCCCCUCGUUCUGGCAAAGCGAAGGGUGCCGGGAAGGAGCAAGCCAUUCCGGAGCCCAUCGCGGUCGAGACCGUCCCUCCAGGCCCUACACCUGGGAGCUCUGAGUGGGAGUAUGUGGACCAGCCCCUGACUCUGGAAAUGGCCACUUACCUUGGUGGUUUUUGGGACAACAUGGAGCGGACGUACAUUUCCAACUGCAAAACGGUGUUUCACAAUUUAAGGCGGGAAAGAGAAGCCAUCGUGCACCAUCUUUACGAUAUCAGGCAGGAGUUUGUGGAGUUUCUGCGGAGACCCGACCACAAGCAGGAGUUUGUACAGCGCUGGCAGAUUGAGCUGAAUGAGCUUCCAGGUUACCUGAGGGGCGAUGAUGACACACGAGCAGAGAUGCAUCAGCGCGCACAGGAUUUGAAGGAGAAGUUAUGGGACAUCACUGAUGGGCGGAAGGAGGAGGCGGAGAAGGAGCUGCUGUCGGUGAUGCACGACGGCUGGCUCAAUGCACGGCUCGCUGCAUUCGCCAACCACUACAUCACACUCAUGCAGGUGGAAAUGGAGCGCUGGCAGGACGCGGUUUUGUUCUUGCGGGACUACUACGUGGGCAUUCAGGGCCGGGUGGGAGCCGGUGGGCUGGGAGGGGAGCGCGAGGCAUUCCGCCUCCCCCUGCUUCCGCCGCCCCCGCCGGCUCCGGCAGCAGACGAGGAGAAAGCGUCGCGUGCCGCCCCCGGGAAGUCGGGGGCGGACGCGACGGUCACCGGGCCCGGCAGCCCGAGCAGCCGAGAGAGAGCGUCGCGCGUCAGGGGCGGGCGCGACAAGAGCGAUGCGCAGUCGUCAGAAUCGCCCACGUCGCACGCCUCCCAGGAGAUCAUCCAAGAGGCCUCGCAAGCGGCGCUGGCUGUGGCCGCCCUGAUGGUUUCUGAGGAGCUGGCAGUGUUGGAGCAGAAUGGGAGAGACGAUGAACAAAAAGAUGGAGAAAGGGCAGCAUCUGGAAGUCGAAAACCAACCUCUGGCAAAGCAAAAGGUUCUAAGAAUGUCAAGAAGAAGGAACCAAAAGGAUCUGGGAAAAAAAAAGGAACGCCCAGCCCCAGUGUGCCAAUGCAAGUGGAGGAAGAGAAUCCUGAAGUGGUGGCAGAGAAGCAGCGAAAAGCCAAGAUGCAUCAGGAGCAUGCUUGUGCCUUAAAGCAUGAGGAAACCUGCCUGAGACAGCGACUGGACACGGUGAAGGAGCAAGCUCUCUCGGCAAUCGGGGCCCUCCGCGCGGCGAGUGCGGAGGCGUACCAGGCCAUGCAGGACUCGCUGGGCCAACGCUACCGCGCCGAGAUGCACAGCAUUGAGCAGCUGCUGGAUGUGAUUCAAGGCGCCGUGGAAUCGGGGACUCCGUUGCAGCCCGAGCUGGUGCUGCAGCAGGACUCCUUCUACCUAAGCACAGAGGCGCUUAUGUACGAGGAGCCUCCACCCCCCGCCCCGCCGCAGCCCUCCGAGCCUCUCCACCCCCAUUACUUCACUGUGGAGCAGCUGAUGUCCUUCCAUCGGCACCUGCUAGAGGCUGCACCUGCAGGAUAUAUUUCCACUUUAGAUUUCAUCGACUUCCUGCAUGAUCUGGGUUCUGGUGGUACAGGGAGUGAAUGUCUGCCAGCGGCCUGGCUAAACAUGUCGCGCACACAGAUUGCGGCGAUCGCACACGAAGUGCAGGGCGGCGUAGAGCUGUUGGACUGGCGCAGGCUGCUGGUGCUGGCAGCCUGGCCCUGGCCACUGCCCUCGGUCACCCGGCUGCUCGCGGUGCUUGCAGCCUGCCGGAAAGCCGACCCUGAAAGCUCCGGCUUCCUGUCUCAGGAGCAGUACGACCAGAUCGAACUGUGGUUUAAAGAUGCUGUGCCAACAGAAGAUAAGUGUGACUUAUACGAUCGGCUGGGGAAUCUCAAACAGGCCCUCUUUACCUUGCUCGGACAAGGGGAGAAGAUAGACUACAAGAGCAUGUUGCUGUACUUGGCCUGUGGUGAAGAUGGACAGGAUGGCUUCUAUCGAGCACUGAGUGUGGCGGCGGCAGCAGGAGCAGCAAUGGCUUUGCCUGGGAAUCCAUCUACUCCCCCUGCCCAGACAGAGGAUCUGGAUUCUGGGCCUUUGGAAUUUGUCUCUCUGGACGCUUUGCUCACGGUCCUCCACCACGCCGGGGCGAUUGCUGAGGACACCCAUCGCUUCAGCCACCCGAACGAGACGCGUGCACACCCGUACCUCGAGGAACACAUCGUUCAGGUGUUCCGAGAUCUGGGAUCGGAAGACCUAGAGCCUGUUCGUUUCCAGGCACUAAUCAAGCAUCCACUGAUUGAAGAAAUGAUCAACUUGAUUUUAAAAUUCAAAUUAGUGGUAAGGGAUGAUUUGCUCAUACCGACGAAUGUACUGCUCUAAAACACGUCAUAUGCAGUUAAAUUAGAUUAACCUGCGGGCGGAUUAUCCAGGUCGCAGAUUAACCGUGCAUGCGAAAAAAAUCUAAUAUUUUACGUGCCCACAUUUUGUUGGUUGCUCCUCACUCGUUGGGGGUCCGUGACUCCGUGCCCCUGUGAUCGACUACACAAUGGCAAGUAAACCAAAUAUCUUUAGGAAGCAAUGAAAACAGACGACGCAUUCUAUGUUCUUAACCCCCGCCCAUUCUACGUAGCUAAACAAUUAAUAUAUUUUGACAGUCUAAUUUACGUGUGUUUUGCACUAUCGUAGAUGAUCGAGAGUCGACUAUAUUCGGUUUUGAUAGACAGGAAGCGUUUAGCACUCAAGUAACCAAAUGCAGUAUGGUGCAACCGGCUGGGUUAAUUAUUUAUAUCGAUAAUUAAUUGAAAUCAGACUGCUUUUUAAAUCUCAUUCUCUCAAAUGUAUUGGAUCUUUGUUUUGAGUUUACAACCAAUCUUCUUUGGAAUUACAAUCAACCUCCUUCAGGUACUCUUCAUAAUAAUUGUCUCACUCUAAAGCAGAGGUUGGCCAAUCCACUAAGCACUACGAUCCACUCUGGUGGAUCUCAACGGGCUCUGCUAAUCCACCAAAAAGUUACGACCAACAAUUACCCCUGUAGAGUAUAACACAUUAAGUACUAGCACCCAUAUAUUGGUAAACGUUAUUAUCCUGAAUUCUUUAAAUUAAUCCUUAGUCGGGGUUUUUGUUUGCUAUCAUCCGUACUGAAAAUAGUUGUUUGCUUAUGGUAGUAUUCUGGUUUGUCCUGAGAUGCACAACAGAUGUUCUGCAAUCCACCCGUGGAUCGCAAUCAACGUAUUGGCCACCGCUGAUCGAGACAAGUAUUUAAAUUGUGAUCUAACUGUGCCCAUGUACAGUGGUUGUGUUCCCACGCAUGCAUAUUUUAUUCAUGGUAACAGUGUAUUGUAAGAGCAGUAGGUAACCUCAUAACAUAUCAAAUUAUAUUUUAAUCAUUCCCAUACAAUAGGCGGUACAGUCUUAUUCCGAAAAUUUGUAUUGUAUCCAGUGUCCAAUAAAGAAUUUAAUCCAA